AUGCAAGAGGUUAUUGACAAAUGUGUUGGUGAAAUGGAAGAAGCUGGGAUAAUCGAGCAAAGAGCGAGCCCAUGGGGGUCAGCAGUAACGUUGGUAGCAAAAGCUGACGGCAGCCCCCGAUUCUGUGUAGAUUACAGAGCGACGAUAAACAAGAAUUUAAUUCGAAAAUCGUGGCCAAUGCCUGAGAUGGCAAGUCAUAUUGACACAGUAGCAGGUGCUAAAUACAUCACAGUCUGCGAUGUACAAAGUGCAUACCACCAAAUACCAAUUGCCGAAGCAGAACAAGACAAGACUGCAUUCGUUACUAGGGACGGAAAAUGGGUUUUUAAACAACUGCCCUUUGGCAUCGCCAAUGCGCCUUUUCUGUUUCAACGUACGAUGGCAUUGACUUUCGCACAUUUUGGUCCAAAAUCUGGUCUUCUCGUGUACAUGGACGAUCUCAUUUGUUGUUCAUCUACAUGGGAGGGUCAUAUCUCUCUUUUGGAAAAUACCUUUCAAGCGCUACAAGCCGCAGGUCUUACAUUGAAACCGUCGAAGGUACAAUUUGGGCCAAAGGAAGUGAAGUAUUUGGGGCAUAUUCUUUCUGCAGAUGGCAUACGUUUAGGUGAAGAUCGGAUAAAAUCGAUACUAGAGUUGCCAACGCCAACAAACAUCAAAAGUUUGCGAUCAGUCCUAGGAACGGUCAACUAUGUCAGGAAAUUCAUCCCAGACUUAGCCGCCGUCAUCGCACCAAUGGUCGACCUUACGAAGAAAGACGCAGUGAAGUCGGUAGCGAAACGCUGGCGUCCGAAACAUGAUGAAGCAUUCGCCGAAGUGAAACGAUUACCCACCAACGCUCCUGUUUUGCAUUUUCCAGACUUUUCUAGAGAGGUUGUUAUCCACGUAGUAGACGCAUCUGAAGUGGGAGCAGGAGAUUCCUGGCACAACAGAAUGGCGAUGAAGUGAAUGUCGUGGCAUACUUUAGCCAGCGAUUCAACAAAAGAAAACAACACUACUCUGCCACC